CCAGCCUGUGAUGAGGGAUAUGUCAACAGUCCUUCAUCCUGAUUCAUUCUCCUUCCUUCUUUCCCUCUACCUGUCCAUGUGUUCCCCAGUGAGCAUGCCGGCCAGUGAGAAUGAGUCAGUGAACACUGACGCCACUCCAGCAGGAGAUAUGGAGGGAGAGACCUGCUGUACCCGGCUAGCAAAUAGAAUCUCCAAAUCCAAGUUCAGUCGGUACUCGCGGCGGUGGAACCGUCUGUGUCGUCGUAAGUGUCGAGCGGGGGUCAAAUCCAGCGUGUUCUAUUGGCUGGUGAUCUUCCUGGUCUUCCUCAACACUCUAACCAUCGCUUCAGAGCACCAUAAACAAGCUGACUGGCUCACAGAGGCCCAAGACAUAGCCAACAAGGUCCUGCUGGCAUUGUUUACAGGGGAGAUGCUGUUAAAGAUGUACAGCCUGGGUCUACAGGCCUACUUCGUGUCUCUGUUCAACCGCUUUGACAGCUUCGUGGUGUGUGGAGGCAUCCUGGAGACCAUUCUGGUGGAGACCAAGAUCAUGUCCCCGCUAGGCAUCUCUGUGCUCAGCUGCGUACGCCUUCUACGCAUCUUCAAAAUCACAAG